AUGAGGAAUCCUUCAUCGUCGAAAGAUCAACCCAAAUCUGCAUCAACAAAUUCAAAUAAGAGCCAGAAGAAGAGGAAGAGUAACAAUGGUAGCAGCAGUACAACAACAACUAAUACAACUCCGUGUUGCAGUAAAUUAGGGUUGAAGAGAGGACCGUGGACAGCAGAAGAAGAUCAAGUAUUAUCAGAUUACAUUAAGAAAGAAGGUGAAGGUCGCUGGAGGACUCUCCCCAAACGAGCUGGCCUUCUCCGAUGCGGCAAAAGCUGCCGCCUCCGUUGGAUGAAUUAUCUUCGUCCGUCUGUCAAACGCGGCCAGAUCGCACCUGAUGAAGAAGAUCUCAUUCUCCGUCUUCACCGUCUACUUGGUAACAGGUGGUCGUUGAUCGCUGGAAGAAUUCCAGGAAGAACUGAUAAUGAGAUUAAGAAUUAUUGGAACACACAUCUCAGCAAGAAACUCAUUAAUCAAGGAAUUGAUCCUAGAACACACAAGCCUCUUGAUAAUAGUAAUAACCCCUCUUCUUCAUCUUCGAUAAUCCCUAAUGUUAAUCAUCAAACCACUGCUUUUACAUCUUCUGCUUCUCCGGAUCAUCAUCCUGUUAUUACUACUACGACGAACAAUGAAUCUGAUCAUCAUCCCUCACCUGAUGAUCAUCACUUAGCUCAACAUCAUAGUCAUAAUAAUCAUUAUCCCCAGCAACAACAGCAACAACAACAAGCUCAGGAGUUUAAUGGUGCUAAUUGUGAUAGCUUAAUUAGUAGUGAUGUUUCUGCAAUGGAUCAUCAUUUGCUUAACAACAACCAUAAGGAUUUCGACUUCGACGGCAGUAAUGUCUGCUGUGAUGAUGUGUUUACUUCAUUUCUCGAUUCAUUGAUCAACGAUGAUGCUUUUGCUACACACCGAUUAGAGAAUGAUCCUUUGAUCUUGUCUGCUGCACCGCCGACUUUGUGGGAAUCGCCACUCAUCAAUAUGUCUACUCAUUUUUCAACCAAAAACCGCGACGACUCACCCAAGACGGGACAGAUUCAUGAUGCAUAG